AUGAGUCAGUUUCGGGCAUUAGCGGGUGUGCUGAGGGGUGGGUGUGCUGGGGGAAGCCAGUGGUUGCGAGGGUGUGGAGGGCGCCCGGCCAGGCGCUGGAUUGAUCCCAAGAGAGGCUGCUCCUCCGGGGCUGCGCCUGUUGUCUCAACAGUGGCCAGUAGCUCCAGCUAUGUGGAGGAGAUGUACUUUGCCUGGCUGGAGGAUCAUAAAAACGUCCACGAGUCUUGGGACGCAUUCUUCCGUAACAUCCAGGCCCCCGGUCCGUCUGGCGAGGCGGGCGAGAGACGCCCCUCUGCUCUGCUCCAGGGCCGAGUGCUGUCCCACUCACCAGACAUGGCACAGAAAGUGGUGGAGGACCACCUGGCUGUGCACACUCUCAUUAGAGCCUACCAGAUUCGUGGUCACCAUGUUGCCCAGUUAGACCCCCUGGGAAUCCUGGAGGCCGACCUGGACUCCUUUGUUCCCUCCGACCUCAUCACCACCAUCGAUAAAUUAGGUUUCUAUGGUCUUGAUGAGUCUGACUUGGAUAGGAGCUUCCAGCUGCCCCCAACCACCUUCAUUGGAGGAGAAAACACCACUCUUCCUCUGAGAGAAAUCAUACGCAGACUAGAGACAUCCUAUUGUGGUCACAUAGGAGUCGAAUUCAUGUUCAUUAACAAUGUGGACCAGUGUCAGUGGAUUCGUCAGAAAUUUGAGACUCCGGGAAUCAUGCAGUUCACUAAUGCUGAGAAGAGAACUUUACUCGCCCGCCUGAUCAGAUCCACACGGUUUGAGGACUUCCUGGCCAGGAAGUGGUCAUCAGAGAAACGUUUUGGUCUAGAGGGCUGUGAAGUGCUGAUCCCUGCUCUUAAAACCAUCAUUGACAAAUCAAGUGCUGCAGGCAUUGACAGUGUGAUCAUGGGGAUGCCUCAUCGGGGUCGACUGAAUGUCCUUGCUAAUGUGAUCCGUAAGGAUCUGGAUCAGAUCUUCUGCCAGUUCGACCCCAAGUUAGAGGCUGCUGAUGAGGGUUCGGGUGAUGUCAAAUACCAUCUUGGGAUGUACCACGAGAGGAUUAACCGUGAGACAGACAAAAACAUCACGCUGUCACUCAUGGCAAACCCCUCCCACCUGGAGGCAGUGGAUCCAGUGGUUCAGGGCAAGACCAAAGCUGAGCAGUUCUACAGAGGAGACACCCAAGGAAAGAAGGUCAUGUCCAUCUUGAUGCAUGGUGAUGCUGCUUUCGCCGGACAAGGGGUUGUGUAUGAGACGUUCCAUUUAAGUGAGCUCCCCUCCUACACGACACAUGGUACAAUCCACGUGGUGGUCAAUAACCAGAUUGGCUUCACCACAGACCCUCGAGUUGCCCGUUCCUCUCCCUACCCCACCGAUGUGGCUCGAGUUGUCAACGCACCAAUAUUCCAUGCGAACGCUGAUGACCCAGAGGCUGUCAUGUAUGUUUGUCGGGUGGCCGCAGAGUGGAGGACCACCUUUAACAAGGAUGUUGUCAUUGACCUGGUUUGUUACAGACGCUUUGGCCAUAAUGAGAUGGAUGAGCCCAUGUUCACCCAGCCGCUAAUGUACAAGCAGAUCCGUCGGCAGGAGCAUGUCCUGAAAAAGUACUCUGACAAGCUCAUUGCUGAGGGAGUGGUGACACUGCAGGAAUUUGAGGAAGAAGUUGCCAAAUAUGACAAGAUAUGUGAGGAAGCAUACACCAGCUCCAAGGAUGAAAAGAUCUUACACAUUCGCCACUGGCUCGACUCCCCCUGGCCAGAUUUCUUCACAGCAGAGGGUGAGCCCAAGAGCAUGAGCUGUGUCCCCACCGGGCUAGAGGAGGAGGUUCUUCAGCACAUUGGCCAGACAGCCAGCUCAGUGCCUCUGGAAGAUUUUAAGAUCCAUCCUGGUGUGUCUCGUAUCCUGCGUGGUCGAGCUGACCUGGUGAAGAAUCGGCAGAUGGACUGGGCUCUAGGAGAGUAUAUGGCUUUUGGUUCCCUUCUCAAAGAUGGCAUCCAUGUGCGACUCAGCGGGCAAGAUGUAGAGCGGGGCACCUUCAGUCAUCGUCAUCAUGUUCUGCAUGACCAAGAGGUGGACAAACGUAUCUGCGUUCCCAUGAACCACCUGUGGGCCAACCAGGCUCCUUACACCGUCUGCAACAGCUCCUUAUCAGAGUAUGGAGUGCUCGGUUUUGAGCUUGGCUUUGCCAUGGCCAGUCCGAACGCUCUGAUCUUAUGGGAGGCCCAGUUCGGAGACUUUCACAACACAGCCCAGUGUAUCAUUGACCAGUUCAUCAGCUCGGGCCAGGCCAAGUGGGUCCGCAACAAUGGUAUUGUCCUCCUGCUGCCACAUGGGAUGGAGGGGAUGGGUCCAGAACAUUCAUCAGCUCGACCUGAGCGCUUUCUGCAGAUGAGCAAUGAUGACCCUGAUCACUUCCCUGAGUUCAGUGGAGAUUUUGAAGUCCAGCAGCUGUAUGACUGUAACUGGAUCGUGGUCAACUGCUCUACGCCUGCUAACUACUGUCAUGUGCUCAGACGACAGAUUCUGCUGCCAUUCAGGAAACCGCUGAUUAUUUUCACUCCAAAAUCCCUGCUGAGGCACCCGGAUGCAAGGUCCAGUUUCGAUGACCUCGCCAAAGGCACGAAAUUCAAGAGGCUAAUUCCUGACGAGGGCCCUGCGAAUCAAAGCCCAGGCCAAGUGAAGAGGGUGAUCUUCUGCACUGGCAAAGUCUACUAUGAACUGGCUAAAGAGAGGAAACAGCAAAACUUGGAGAGAGACAUCGCCAUCAUCAGACUUGAACAGAUCUCUCCAUUCCCGUUUGACCUGGUCAGAGCAGAGGCAGAGAAAUAUGCCAACGCUGAGCUGGUCUGGUGUCAGGAGGAGCACAAAAACAUGGGUUAUUACGAUUAUGUCCGGCCACGUUUCCUCACAGUGGUGGCCAACAAGAGACCUGUUUGGUACGUAGGACGGGACCCUGCAGCUGCGCCUGCAACAGGCAACAAGUCCACCCACGUCAAUGAGCUGAAGAGGUUCGUGGACACUGCUUUCAACCUGAGCGCCUUCCAGGGGAAGGACUUGUAAUUGAGAACCAGGAUUGAGGUGCAGUUUCAUCUCCAACCACCAUAGUUUAUAGUCUUCACAUAGCACAGGUUUACAACUUGUAGAUUUAUGACAAUCUGGAGCAUAGUCUGGUGUUAUCAUAACAUAAUUUUUACCCCCGAUAACCUUAUGUGAAAGAUAAGUCUGCAGCACUAAUUGACUUAAUGCCUGAAUCAGACUACACCACAUUUAUAUCUUUGAAAAUUAUGAUUAUGCUCUGAUUUGCAUGAGACAUGUCAGACUACAUGUUGAAUCCCAGAAGGCACAAAAAAUAUGGACUAGGCUUUCCAUGAGAUGUCCUGUAUGUAGAAUCAGUUGUCUUUCACUGUAAUGCGCUGUGCAUAGGACAGCAUAGCAAACUGUUGUGGGUCAUUGCUCAUUGCUGUUGCUUGGUAAUGCCCCAUGUCAAAUGAAAUCAAGUAAUUUUUAUUUAUAAAGUGAUCACACUUUAACUUUAUACCCUCAAUCUGCAGAGGGAAAACCUCCACAAAAAAAAACACCUUGUCUGUGGGACUGGGUCAUUUUUUGGGACAACAUCCUGUAUCGAUCGUGUGUCUGAUCUCGGCUUUACUGGUUGAAUCUGCGCUUUAGUCAACCUAAGUAACACUUGGGCCUUUGUGAUGGUUUUGGUACAGAAUAAGUACAGGUAUAUGCCAUUAAAUGUUGCCUACAGAGAACAAGACCCAUACAUUUUCAGCCUCUAAAGGGUGCUAAACCUCCAACACCUUUAUUUCAAAAUAAAAGUUCCUUACAAAACAUUAUAUACAAACAUUAAAUAUAAUCACUCAGUCACAGAAUUGUCACUGUAGAUGAGUGGUGAAGUAGCAACAGGACACUCUUUGUACCCCUUAUGACAUUCACACACCAAAAUUCAGAUUUAUGACAAUCACUGUUUUUGCAGUAGCUGUUGUACUGUAGAUAUUGAUGCUAUGCAGAAUACUAGUAUAUAUUUAUAGCAUUGAUUUUUGUAGAUGAAUAGCAGAAGCUUACACACGAAUCGCCGACUGGUGUUCUUUAACAGUGAAUGUGAAUCACAUAUCACAGGUUUAAAGACUGUUCUGAAAUUAAACACAAAAGUAGGUUUUAGUGCCUGUAUUUGCUUUGGCUACCUUAGCUGUUAGUGAAGGAGUGUAUAUUUAUUGUCACACCUCACUUCACCAGGAGACAUGAGCCAGCUGGCACAGAGACUUGCAGCCACGUUUUCUACUCCAGCUUUCUCUUUGGAGGCUGAGGGAUGAACACACAUACACACACAAACACAGCAAAGCCUUGGAUGCUUUGAGAGCAAUACUGACGCUUGGUUGUCACAUUAAAAUCCCAAGGUAUUUAACUGAAUUGAUCUUAGUUACUACGCUGCUUAGAAAUGCUCCAUAAAAUUAUGCUUUCUCUUUAACUCUGUUCUAGCUUUCCUUUUCCACUUACAGCUGGAAGAUUUAAUCACGCACAAACUUCAUUUUCUAUAUUUAAUGACUUUUUAGGUUUAUGGAUUGUACUUUAUCAAUGGAAAAAAUACAUCCACAUAUCUGCAUAGGUACUGAAACCUAUGCACAACUUAACAGGGUUUCACUUGGACAUAUGCAAUAAAAUAA